AUGGAUGUAAAAGGUGCUUUUGACGCAGUGCUACCAGGAAGACUAGUGAAUCGCCUUCGGGAACAAGGAUGGCCAAACAACCUGGUUAGAUGGGUUCAGUCCUUCGCCAUUAAUCGAUCCAUCAAGAUCCGACUAGACGGCGAGAUUGGCCCGGAAACAAAGCUAGAAUGCGGUCUUCCUCAAGUGGUAAUCACCUGUACAAGGGCAAUCCUCCCAGUAUACAAAACCACAAACACAGCAGUACUCUACGAGGAAGCCAAACUCAGACCAUCCGAGAUCAAGCUAAACCUGAUUUCACAAUUAUAUGCGGCACGAACCACCAGACUAGACCUUUACCAUCCUCUCAGGAUCAGAGCAGAGAACAUAACCAAAGCCAGAGAAUAUAACCGCACCCCAGAUACAAGAUUCGCAAAGCUCAUCACAGCAUUACCGGAGACUGAACACAUAAACCCCUUGGCCUUCCCACCCUGGGAAAUCAGAGAGUCGAGGGCAGAGGCCGAGGCCCGCAUCAAUGGUCCGAUGGGCAGAACGAAGGCACAAGCAGCCGAAGACUUCAAAGCCUUCCACGCCAAGAUCCCAAGAAGCGAUAUACAAAUCUUCUCGGAUGGCUCAAAAAGUGAAAGCAAGGAUGGCGCAACUGGGGGCGGAUUCGUAAUCUCACAAUUCGAUAUUCAGAUAGCACACCAUUCUUUCUCAUUAGGCACAAAUGCAGAAGUGUUCGAUGCAGAAGCCACAGCCGCAGUAGCAGGGGCAGCAAAAGCCCUCACUCUAGCAUCAACCAAACUGGCCACAGAUCUCUGGAUCUUCUUAGACAACCACGAGGCUGCUCUCCGAUUAGGAUCCCACUUCAAUGGUUCCUCACAGAGAGUCUUUGAAGACUUUCUGAAGCUCAUACAAGCUUGGGCUAGAGCCACACUCCAUUAUAUUCUCGCUAUCAGAUCACAGCAUGGCGACUUCGCAGCAUACCAUGAACGCUUCAAUCACACUACAGUCUACGUCCAUUGCUCGUGCGGUAAAAGGAAAACUCCAUUACACUUUUUCUUUUGCAAAAAAGGAAAAGCCUUCAAAGCGCUCACAAAGAGCCCCCCCUCCGAAGCUAUCCCCUGGCUUCUAAGCAAUCCCACCGGUAUAGCCAAACUAGCCGAAUGGCUAGAAUACACCAAAUUCUACACAAAAAUCUGCCCGUGGCACACAGGUGCAAGAUAA